GGUUUCAUCUUAUAUAUAAGAUGAUGAACGCAUUAUUUACAACAUUCGUAAUUAAAUUAACUUGAGAACCGGCAACGUCGGUUUCAUCUUAUAUGCAAGAUGUUUUUAGAUCUUUUUUUUAUAAAAAAACUUCCUGAAGAACCAGUGCUUAUCUUGUAACUACUGCCCCUGUAACAGGUCACUCAUCGUGCGAGUGUUUCGUUUACAAGUUUACGUUUAUUUGGGUUGAGUGGAUAAUCGAUCCUCCUUGCGCACAUCUAAAGGUCUUUUAUUUGAAGUGUGAUGAAAAGCGGAAUUUCCGACUAUUUUUGUAAAAUAAAAUGAAGGGUUUUGUUCAUUGUGGUGUGAAGUGGUGACAAGGAAAGUAUGUGGUAAUGAAGCUUUGUUUUACUUAAUAGACCGUGAACGGGUGGUUGAUAAAAUUUCCCGAUUAUAACCUAUAGAAUGACCUGCUCUUGUAGAGUAUGUCGUGUUUAUCAAAAAUGAUAUUGUUUAAUUGACAUACAUGUUGAAUGUGAUACUAUAAUGCCGUUUAAGUGAACUGAAAAUGAGUGAAACUAUAAAUAAUGAUUCUUGGAAAGACACAAGUGAUAAUGGUAUAUUCAAUUUAAAAUAUAAAGUGCCUCAUGCGCGAAAUUCUAUCGUGGAAUUUGAUAGGACAGGAACGCAAACACUUGUAGUAUCUCAUAAAAGACCAGAAAGAGAAAAAAUGUUGAUUAUGGUGAUUAUAGCGCUACUAGCGUUUUGCGGAAUACUUAUGAUAAUGGUUUUCGAUAGAAGAAAUCAAUCAUGCACAGUAAAAAAGAAAACAAUUUGCUUGACGGAAGAAUGUGUACGCACUGCAUCGUCGUUGUUGGCAGCCAUGGACCGAACCGCCGAUCCUUGCGUAGAUUUUUUCCAAUACGCAUGCGGCACUUGGAACAAAAUUCAUUUAAUACCCGAAGAUAGAAGUUCUAUAAGUACGUUUGAGGUUAUGGCGGAUCAAUUACAGGUAAUUCUCAAAGGGGUUCUCGAAAAACCUAUGAAUCUCAAUGAUAGUGAGGCAACGAGGAAAGCCAAGCUGUUUUAUGGUACCUGCAUGGAUUUACACAAUAUUCGUAAAAUUGGAGAUAGACCAAUCAGGGACGUUCUGGAUCAUCUCGGAGGUUGGCCGGUUUUGAAAAAAAAUUGGAUUUUACCAACUUUUUCUGUUGAAAUGUUGAUAGGUUUAAUAAGGAGCCAUUACAAUGAAGGUUUCCUUAUCGAGCAGUGGGUUGGACCUGACGAUAAAAACAGCUCAGUUAAUAUCAUUCAAAUGGAUCAAUCAGUAUUAGCUUUACCAAGUAGAGAUUAUUAUUUAAAAUCUAGUAGUAAAGGGGAUUUAUUAGCGUAUCAUAAAUAUAUGACUAAUAUAGCCAUACUGUUAGGUGCCGAUAGGACAACAGCCGCUGAAGAGUUGCAAAAAGUCAUUGAUUUCGAAAAACAACUAGCAAAUGCUUCUCUUCCAGAACAAGACAGACACGAUACUAGCGCUAUUUACAAAAAACUAUCGAUAAAAGAUUUAGCCAUAUUAGUGCCAAAUAUUAAUUGGUUGGAAUAUUUUAGAGCCAUAUUCGAUAUAACUAUUACAGAAGAUGAACCGAUCGUUGCUUACGGUCUUUCGUAUUUUAUCGAACUGGGUAAAAUUUUAUCUAAUACAAACAGAAGAGUGAUCCAUAAUUACGUAUUAUGGAGACUUGUAAUGUCUUUGUCGACGCAUUUAUCAGACGACUAUCAAAAGGAACGUGUGGAAUUUAGAAAAAUCCUCCAGGGUGUUUUAUCCGAAAGACACCGUUGGGCGCAAUGUGUGGAAUGGACGAAUAAAAGAAUGGGCAUGGCUGUAGGUGCCUUAUACAUUAGAGACAAUUUUGAUCACUUGAGUAAGGAGACUGCUCUUGAAAUGAUACACACAAUUCGAGAAGCUUUUAAUGAACUGCUAGAGGAAAAUCAUUGGAUGGACGAUGAAACUAGGAAGGUUGCUAAACAAAAAGCUGAUGCUAUGAAUGAAAGAAUCGGUUACCCUAAGUUGGUGGUUGAUAAGGAAGCUCUUCGUAAAGAAUAUGAGUCUCUUAACAUCUCUAAACACGAUUUCAUGCUGAAUGUACUUAAUCUCUUAAAAUUUGAAGCUAGACAAAAUUUGGAGAAACUUCGGCAGGAAGUCGAUAAAGAAAGAUGGUCUACUGAACCUGCAGUAGUAAAUGCUUUUUAUAAUCCUAAUAAAAACGAUAUAGUUUUUCCAGCGGGAAUUUUACAGCCUCUGUUUUAUAGCCAGCAUUUUCCCAAAUCUCUAAAUUAUGGAGGUAUUGGAGUGGUUAUAGGACAUGAAAUUACACACGGAUUUGAUGAUAAAGGACGACAGUUUGAUAAGCACGGUAAUAUGAUGCAAUGGUGGAACAACGCUACAAUAAAAGCAUUCCGAGAACGUACGCAGUGUAUAAUAGAUCAAUAUUCAAAGUACAAAAUAGACGAAGUCGGACUUUAUAUAAACGGUAGAAUGACUCAGGGUGAAAAUAUAGCCGAUAAUGGUGGUCUUAAACAAUCUUUUAGAGCUUAUAGGAAAUGGGCAGCUCAGCACGGCGAAGAGUUCGAUCUUCCGGGUUUAAAUAUGACCCACGAUCAAUUAUUUUUUCUGAAUUAUGCUCAGAUUUGGUGCGGAUCUAUGAGACCCGAAGAUGCUUUGACUAAAAUAAGAUCCAGUGUUCAUUCGCCAGGUCAUAUUCGAGUUUUGGGACCGUUAUCUAAUUCUAAAGAUUUCGCAGAAGCAUUUGGAUGUCCUGAAGGUGUUCCUAUGAAUCCAAAGAAUAAGUGUAGUGUUUGGUGAAUGAAUAUUGUGACAGUCAGUGCCUCGAUAUAAAUAAACCUCGAAAUAAUUCAACGUUUUAUCACCAAUACCUUCCAAAUAUACCAACUUUAUUCAUAAAACAGAUACCUACGAUGUAUUAAUCUAUGUUCUAUACCAACAACUGAAUGAAUGUAAAUGUUAUCUGAAAUAAUAUUUUACCGUUCUUAAUAUAUCCGUCGUUAAUAAACGCCUUUUGUUUACGCACAGAAGAAGAAUUACGAGUCGAAAGGACAACACGAUACACUAAUUAUCAGAAUAAAAUUAUUGUUACUUACUAUUUACUGACUUAUUUCCUGUAAUUUAUAGCAAUUGUUAAUUUUAUUUUAAUAAAAAUAUUUUAAACCCUAA